AUGGAGCCAUUGUCCUGCCCGGGCAGCUGGCACCCUGACUUCAGCUUCAGCAUCGGGAUCCCAGGCCCAGGGCAGGCAGGCAGCCCCCCAGGAGCCAGCCCAGGGCUGAGGCAGCCUGCGACCUCCUGGGCAAGAGCAUCUGCUGGGAGCUGCUGCCUGGGGACAGGACCAAGCAAGGCUUCUACGUCAAGCUACAGUCAUGGAGAGAAAAGACCCACUGGUACGGUUAUAUCUUUAUUUGCUUUUGCCUUUGGAGUAAAUGUCUGCAUGGGAUUUACAACAAAUCGAUUUAGGAGAUCAGAAGAAUGGGAUGAGGGCCCGGUCUCAGUCCUGUCAGAUUCCCCCUGGAUCAGUACCUCUGGCUCCUGCAAAAACAGAUGCUUUGAACUUCAAGAGGCAGAGCCUCCUGGCUGCCGCUGUGACAACCUGUGCAAGAGUUACAACAGCUGCUGCUUCGACUUUGAUGAGCUGUGCUUAAAGACAGCUCGAGGCUGGGAAUGUACCAAAGAUCGCUGUGGAGAAACCAGGAAUGACGACAAUGCUUGUCACUGCUCUGAAGACUGCUUAAGUAGAGGAGAUUGUUGUACUAAUUACCAAGUCAUUUGCAAAGGAGAAACCCACUGGGUGGAUGAUGACUGUGAAGAGAUAAAGGCUCCUGAAUGUCCAGCUGGUUUUGUUCGUCCUCCUUUGAUCAUCUUCUCUGUUGAUGGUUUCCGUGCAUCAUAUAUGAAGAAAGGGAACAAGGUCAUGCCCAAUAUUGAAAAGCUGAGAUCUUGUGGAACACAUUCUCCUUACAUGAGACCUGUCUACCCUACAAAAACCUUCCCCAACUUGUACACGCUUGCUACUGGACUCUAUCCUGAAUCACAUGGAAUCGUUGGCAAUUCGAUGUAUGACCCAGUGUUUGAUGCCAGCUUCAGUCUUCGAGGGCGAGAGAAAUUCAAUCACAGAUGGUGGGGAGGUCAACCAAUUUGGAUUACUGCAGCCAAGCAAGGAGUGAAAGCUGGCACGUUCUUCUGGUCUGUUGUCAUCCCCCAUGAACGCAGAAUAUUGACAAUACUGCAGUGGCUAACUCUUCCAGACAAUGAAAGGCCUUACGUUUAUGCAUUUUACUCUGAGCAACCAGAUGCUGCUGGCCACAGAUAUGGUCCUUUCAACUCGGAGUCCAGACAUCUCUCCUCGCCGGUACAGGAGAGUAGUUAUGGCUCCCCUCUUACUCCGCCUAAGAGACCUAAGAGAAAACUUCCUCCUAAGAGGAGACAGGAAAGACCAGUUGCAGCUCCAAAGAACAGAAGAAGAAAAGUACAUAGAGUGGAUCAAUAUGCUGCGGAAGCUCGUCGGAAGAAAAUGAUGGUAAAUCCCCUGAGAGAGAUUGACAAGACUGUGGGACAACUAAUGGAUGGCCUGAAACAGCUGAAACUACAUCGAUGUGUCAAUGUCAUAUUUGUUGGUGAUCACGGGAUGGAAGACACUACUUGUGAGAGAACUGAAUUUUUAAGCAACUAUCUGACUAAUGUGGAAGAUAUCAUUUUACUGCCUGGAUCUUUAGGGCGAAUUCGCCCUAGGCCUAGUAGUAACAUAAAAUAUGACCCCAAAGUGAUAGUCGCCAACCUUACAUGUAGAAAGCCAGACCAGCACUUCAAGCCUUACUUGAAACAGCACCUGCCUAAACGCUUGCACUAUGCCUACAACCGUAGGAUUGAGGAUGUCCAUUUACUGGUGGAUCGCAAAUGGCAUGUGGCAAGGAAAGCUGUAGACGUUUACAAGAAACCGACAGGAAAAUGUUUCUUCCAUGGAGAUCAUGGCUAUGACAACAAGAUAAACAGCAUGCAGACUGUCUUUAUAGGUUAUGGCCCUACAUUCAAAUACAAGACUAAAGUACCUCCUUUUGAAAAUAUUGAACUUUACAACGUCAUGUGUGAUCUUCUUGGAUUAAAGCCUGCUCCCAAUAAUGGCACCCAUGGAAGUUUAAAUCACCUGCUGAGAGCCAAUGUUUAUAAACCAACUGUGCCAGAUGAAGUUGCGAAACCACUCUACCCUGUCGCUCCACCUUCUGUAUCGGAUUUUGAUAUAGGAUGUACGUGUGAUGAUAAGAAGAACAAGUUGGAUGAACUCAACAAACGCUUUCAUGUCAAGGGAACAGAAGAAAAGCAUCUUCUGUAUGGGCGCCCUGCAGUACUGUACCGCACGAAAUACAAUAUCUUGCAUCACCAUGACUUUGAAAGUGGCUACAGUGAAACAUUCCUGAUGCCUCUCUGGACAUCUUACACUAUUUCUAAACAGGCAGAGGUAUCGGGUGUCCCGGAGCACCUGGCCAGCUGUGUGAGGCCUGACCUCCGCAUUUCUCCAGCAAACAGCCAGAGCUGCGCAGCCUACAGAGGCGACAAACAGAUCUCCUAUGGCUUCCUUUUCCCUCCUCAAUUAAGUUCCUCUGCAGAAGCAAAAUACGAUGCUUUGCUAAUAACAAAUGUCAUUCCAAUGUAUCCUGCCUUCAAAAAGGUAUGGAACUAUUUCCAAAGGGUUUUGGUGAAAAGAUAUGCUACUGAACGAAAUGGAGUCAAUGUCAUAAGUGGACCAAUCUUUGACUAUGAUUAUGAUGGUUUACAUGACACACCUGACAAAAUAAAACAAUUUGUGGAAGGCAGUGCCAUCCCUGUUCCCACUCAUUACUAUGCCAUCAUAACCAGCUGCUUGGAUUUCACUCAGCCAGCUGACAAGUGUGAUGGACCGCUCUCCGUUCUCUCAUACAUCCUUCCCCACCGGCCUGACAAUGAUGAGAGCUGCAAUAGCUUGGAAGAUGAAUCCAGGUGGGUUGAAGAUCUUCUUAAGAUGCACACUGCGCGUGUGCGUGACAUUGAACAGCUCACAAGCUUGGACUUCUUCCGCAAGACCAGUCGCAGCUACACAGAAAUCCUCUCCUUAAAGACAUACCUGCAUACGUUUGAAAGUGAAAUUUAGCAUUCUAACCUUACUCAGUGCAUCAACUUUUAUCAACUGGUGUAUAUUUUUAUAUUGUUUUUAUAUUUAUUAAUUUGAAACCAGGACAUUAAAAAUAUUAGUAUUUUAAUCCUGUAUCAAAUCUUAAGUAAUAAACCCUUGUCUCGUUUGUUUUGUUUCUCUAAUGUUUAACAUAGGUAUGUCUCUUGGUUUAUUUAGUAGCGCUUGUAAUGCUGCAGCUUGACUCCUUACUCCGAGCUUUCAAGUGGUGCUGCAGGAUUUGAUACAUGCAUCAAGGAAAUAUUAAUUUCCCGUGCUCCUUUACUACACUUGUAGUCCUGUACUGUGUAUCAAAAUACUGAACAUGUAAAAUUACAUUCAUUUACUCUUAACUAUGUGACAGACAUAUUUAAACCCUAUAGACAAAUAGCAUCUUAAAUAUAAUAAACCACACAUUCAGUUUUUUUUAAUGUGUUUUGACUUCUUUUCACAGGGACAUUCAGAGGGUCUUGGGAGCAGCUGAGUGCUGUCAGAUCUCUCUUAUUCACUGGGCAGAGCCCUUCUCAACAGCUUAGGUUUGCUGGUAAGAGGGCUGCCAGGAGCCCAAGUUCCCUGCCCUGGUACUCAGCAGUAGGACCACAGAGACACCCACGGUAGCCAUUACUGGUUAGCUUUUGCCAUGGGGCAGAGCUGGGAAAGGAGGUUGGUUGGUGUCAUAAGCUAACAGGGGGUUCCCUAUGCUUGAGGCCACUUGGCCCUGCUCUGGAGCUGGGAGGAGGAUGUGAGGUGGACAACAUCCACUAUCAGCACUCAGGCUGCAUCACAUCCCUUCACCACAACCACAGCUCUGGUCUGGUUUCUAGGAUACCUGUUCCAUCAUCUUUUGCUUUCACUUUGAGGAAAGCUGAGGUAAAGCAGGCGUUGAUGAAGGUGACAUUGCUAAACACCCAGCAGUGGGCAUUUACCUGAGAGGAGAAAAUCUGGUUUUCAUGAUCUUGUUCUCAUGGCCAGAAUUUGGAGAGUUUUCCCCUAAUCUAAUCUAAGUCUGAGGCCUAAUGCUGGCCCUUGUUCUCAGAGAAAACCCCUUGGUCUCUUUGCAAUAUGGAACUUCUGGGACUGUGAACCUCAUUCAGCGCACAUAAUUUCAGCCAUCACCUACCUGGUCAAGUCUUUGUUGGCCGCUUCUGUGCAGUCACAGUCUCGUAAUCCUGGCAAGCCCCUGUGAGUGACACUGAUAGCACAGUCCUAAGCUGAUGGAAGAGACACUGUUGUGUACUAGUAUCUAGAUAAUCACAGGAUCAUUUAGGUUAGAAAGACCUUUAAGGUCAUCAAGUCCAGCCAUAAAACUAACACUGCCAAGUCCACCACUAAACCAUAAUGGCCUAAUUUGUCUGGAAUGGUUUUUGUAGAUGGUAUAGCGUAUGGAGCAUGUUAGUGCGGUUAGAUGAUGUGAAAGGUUAUUGUUUAGAAUGCGUCAUGAGGCUGAAUCCACUAGUGGCAUAAUGAGUUUUAUGAAACCAUGGUUUGGGGUUAUAGAUUUCCCUCUCUUUACCAAAGUGGUUUGUGUUUGUUUUCUCUUUGAGGGUUGCAAAUGUUGGAGGGAAACGGGAAGAGCUGGAAAGCAUCUCGGCCAUGUGCACAGACUAGCAGCCGGGUCUCCUAAGUAAAGUUAAUUUGGCACAGUUGUAGCAACUUGCAUCCCUGUAGCAUCCAUAUGAGACAAAAUAGUAAACCAGAAUUAAUCAUGUUAACAUUGAUCAUAAAGAUCUUGCGACCAGUAAAUAAAUGUGUAAUUCUAGGUCCCAAAUUCUGUUUAAAUUUGAUGAGUACAAAACUUGAAUGCUUUAAAAUCCCCCCAAAAUGUUAGGAUGGAAAUUAUAAUAAGUGCACAAAGCUCUGGGAAACAUCCUAUGGUUGCAACUAAAAAUUGUCUCUUGUGGUUGUCUGGUAGCACAAAAUUUUUUUUUUUCUGUAAGCUUUUGGCAAGGCUUUCUGCCAUGAUAAACUUUGGGUUUAUAUGUGACACAAUUUCCUCUGGAUUUAAAACAGCUUUCAGUUAAGACCUAAUUCUUCCAACACCAACUUUAGCAAUGAUAUAAUGUGAUUUUUCAUAAGCUAGACUACAGACCACCACUACUGUUUUGUUUUGACCUUCAUCUGUUGCUUUGCUUGUUUGUUUAAUUAAAUCUAACAAAUGAUGUAAUUAUAAUUUUCUUCCAAAGUGACUUCUAUACUAAAGGAACAUUUAAGAUCUGAAAGAUGCUACUCUUCUCGUGUUCAGAGACGUUUGCUUUUGAAAUGCAGUUAGUGAUGAUUACUGGGAGAUAUGGUUUAACUCUAUCUGAGUUUCACUAACGAAUAAUGAUUAAU